GGUCGCCCUCCCCCUUUUCUCAUGGCUUCCUCCGAUGUGGCGCGGCAGCUGCGGUAUUCACCUGAUUUUGGAAUGAGAGCACACUCGAACCCCCCCCAUGAUAAUCAAGAUGCAAAGAGACAGAAUUGUCGACCCUUAUCCUUGUCUGGUCAUGUUGGUUUUGAUAGUUUACCAGAUCAAUUGGUUAACAAAUCAAUCCAUCAGGGUUUCUGCUUCAAUAUUCUCUGUAUUGGCGAGACAGGACUUGGGAAAUCAACUUUGAUUGAUAGUUUGUUCAAUACCAGUUUCGAAGAUCGCACGUCAACACACUUCCAGCCAAAUGUAAGACUUAAAGCUCAGACGUACGAGCUUCAGGAAAGCAACGUUAGGUUGAAGUUGACCAUUAUAAGUUCAAUUGGAUUUGGUGACCAGAUAAACAAAGAUGACAGCUAUCAGCCAAUAGUGGAUUAUAUAGAUGCACAGUUUGAAGCCUAUCUCCAGGAAGAGCUGAAAAUAAAACGCUCCUUAUAUAAUUACCAUGACACUCGCAUCCAUGCGUGCCUUUACUGCAUUUCUCCCACGGGGCAUUCCCUUAAAACUCUUGAUUUAUUAACCAUGAAAAAUCUUGAUAGCAAGGUGAAUAUUAUUCCAAUUAUAGCCAAAGCUGAUGCAAUUUCUAAAUCCGAACUUCAGAAAUUUAAGAUCAAAAUAAUGAGUGAAUUGGUCAGUAAUGGAGUCCAGAUAUAUCAGUUUCCAACAGAUGAUGAAGGCAUUGCUAAGAUCAAUGCUACUAUGAAUGGACAUUUGCCAUUUGCUGUAAUUGGGAGUACAGAAGAGAUAAAGAUUGGAAACAAAACAGUAAAAGCUCGUCAAUAUCCUUGGGGCAUUGUGCAAGUGGAAAGUGAGAAUCACUGUGAUUUUGUGAAGCUCCGUGAGAUGCUGAUUUGUACAAAUAUGGAAGAUCUGAGAGAACAGACUCACAUGCGCCAUUAUGAGCUGUACCGGCGUUGCAAAUUGGAGGAGAUGGGGUUCCGAGACACAGGUCCAGAAAACCAGCCUGUCAGCCUACAGGAAACUUAUGAAGCUAAGCGGCACGAAUUUCUCGGGGAAUUGCAGCGAAAAGAAGAAGAGAUGAGGCAGACAUUUGUGCAGAGGGUCAAAGAGAAGGAAGCGUUGCUGAAAGAAGCUGAGCGAGAGCUGCAGGUGAAGUUUGAACACCUGAAACGGCUUCACCAAGAAGAGAGGAUGAAAGUGGAAGAGAAAAGAAAGCUCCUGGAAGAAGAAAUUAUGGCAUUCCAUAAAAGAAAAGCUGCCUCAGACAUACUGCAAGGGCAGGCACUUGUCUCUACACCCACUGUUACUUUAAAAAAAGAUAAGGAUCGCAAGAACUCUGGCUUUAUGUGAAGCUGAAGUUACAAGAAGAACUUGCUCGGCGCGAUCUAUGAGAACUUGGAUUUCCCCCCCUUUUUCAUAAUACAGGCUAACUUGAAAACUGACCACUGCUUAACAAAGGAAAAAUAUAUUAAACUGUGUAAUCAAUAAUCCAUAUUAUAGGUUGACGUUGCAUUAAUUAUAUUUAAAUGGACUUUUUUAGAGCAGCUAUUGAUGUGCACUUAAGAUUGUACUCCUGG